CUCAUACAAAGUGAUCACACUGCAUCGAUCGGCAUCAGAGUGACAUUUAAAAUAUGGACAAAGGGUGAUGUUGUAGUGAUAGAGGCAACCGACCAAGGAGGGCAUUUUGGUGACACAGGCACAAAGUCGCUAUUUGGAUAUAUCGUAUGAGAGUGUGUUGUUCCAAAUCUGUAUUUCUUUCUUUCUUAGAACACAAAAGGAUAUGUGUUAGGAAUUUUUAGGAUUGGCCCCUAAGUAUCAAGUCAGGUCUGCAGUCGCUGUCUCGAUCUGGAUCCUCAUGAGGGGAGAAAUGACACAGACACUUAAGUAUGCAUCAGAGAUUUCUCAUACUUUAUUGUUCAGCACAGCAUUAUAUAUCUUUGUAAGAACAGGAAAAGCAGUACACUAACUACAUUGUCUAAUGAGGUCAGUCAUUACCUUAUAUGAAAAAGACAUACAUAUAGAUUCUGCAUUAAUUACGUAAUUGAAACGAAAAUGUUCUAGAAUAUAGGAGUGAUGUUCAACUAGACGGUGUUCAACAUUUGACCUCAGACACUCGGGGGAGAAAAACAGGAAACCCUUUCCACAUGAUUACCGUUAAUGACACACACACACUAUGAGAAAAGGAACUGAGUACUAGCUGUGUAAUGUCAGCUUGCUUAAUUAUAGAUCAACUGAAAAGGUCAACUUAGAGGUGCUGAGAGGUCAACUUCUCUCACAAUAUGUUAGAGAGAAUGUUAGUGACUGACAGCCUCAGUCACCUUUCACUUUCAUUAUAUGGAAAAACAGGGUUGAUUGAGUAAACAACAACAGAAUUUUCAUUUUUGUGUGAACUAUACCUUUAAGACCACAAAGAAUUUUGUUUUUGUCCUUCCUGUUGUGUGCAAUCCAUAAGCCCACUGUGUCAAACUGUAUGUUGCUCAUGAUAUUUAUUAUUUAUUCAUGUGUCAGACUUUAAUUGUGAAUGGAAAAUCUGUGUGGCUUUUCUGACACUGCCAAAUGCCCUACUGAGAAGAUAACCUGGACUUAACUCCUUUCCACUAAUGAAUUUGACAUUUAGAACCUACAUGUCUUUAACUGGAACAAAGAAAGGUCAAGGGUACCAUAUGAUCUAUGGGACUAUUGUGUAAUUCCAUUGGUCUAAGCCACGCCAUUCUCCAGCACAUGUGACGUAAGAGGAAAGCUGUCUGCAGUCACAGCAUGUGUUCUGUUUGCCUGGAGAUUUACAGCAGCACAGGAGUAAACCUGAAUUCAGACCACAGAGGGCCAGAAAUAAACAACAACAGCUGGAAAACCGAUGAGUAAUGACUGUUUUCAUGAGCACACUGGAGAGGGUUCCAGGGCAGUAAUCUGUAUGCACACAGCCACAAGUUAAUCGUCAUAUGCAUCACCAUGGCAAUGGAGCCAGAAUAUGGAUUUAGACACUACGCCUUCUGAAUCGCCAGACAACAGGCAACCAAAAAGAAGCCGAACGUGAUUAAAUGUGAUAACCAUCACCAACAAGUCAUUAGCUCUUUCUACGAUUGAACAAGAAUCACAACCACAGCCUGUAGUCAAAUAUGCAAUGGACACCACACUGCAGCUGGCACUCAAUCAAGAAUAGAAGCAUAUGGGCCGAGAUACAGAUCAGCACAUAGUGUACAUUUGAAUUAAAGAACCAGAAUUGCUCUCCGCGUCCCCCGCUGUCAGACUGUGGGUUAAACCAACCAAUAUACACCUCCCUUCAUGUCACGUCCCCCUCUUCUCCCUCCCUUCUCCAUGCCCCCGGCUCUUCCCAGUCUGUGGUUCACUCGCCUCUGUUUACCUCUCUGUUAAUCCCCCGCAUCUCUCUCUCUCACUCCCCUACAUUCUCUUGAUCACUGCCUUUCCUCCCCUUUCACGCUCAGAGUCAGCAGGCUGCCACACGACCCACACUGCCUGCUACAUGAUCUCCUGGAAAACAGAGCUCUGUGUUUUUGUAGCCACUUGCUGCUGCUCAAGCCUUUUUAGAUUGCGAACUAGGAGACAAGGAAAGAUGUCUUCACGACAACCCUGACUGCUGUCAUCUCCACAUGCCCUGUCCCCUUUCCUAGUAUCUCGCCCCCUGACCCUUUACCCCAGUCCCUUUCCUCUGCCCCUCUCCGAACCUCCCCUUCACCUCUCACUCUCUUGACAAUGUUCUCAUGUGUUCACUGGCUUCAGCCUUUUCUUGCCUUGCUGUCCUCUACCUUAUUAACUUGGGGUUACAACUGCCCACCCAGCUGCUUGUGUCCGGACCACCAUACCGUGGACUGCACAGGUCAAGGGCUCACCCAUCUACCAGACUCCAUCCCUUUGGACGUGCGGAGACUUCUUUUGUCAAAUAACUGGAUUUCCUGGAUCCCCUCUGAUUUUCUGGUUCUCUACAGCGAUCUAGUCUACCUGGAUCUCAGGAAUAACUCUCUAACUAAGCUGGAGCCUGGGACCCUGAGCACAUCCUCCAGGUUGGUCUAUUUGGACCUGGGGAGUAACAACUUAACAGAGAUCCCCUCUGGGACUUUUGGGGAAUCCCGAAGCCUGAUCAAGCUACGACUGGGCAACAAUCCAUUUUUGAGCAUGGUCAGCAAGGAUGCUUUCUUGGGCCUCACGUCUUUACGAGAGCUGGAACUUGAGAGGAAUGCCCUCUCUGGACUGGACGUUGAAGUGUUGAGCCAGAUGCCUUCUUUGCGGAUGAUACGCUUGGAGAGAAACCCCUGGGUGUGCAAUUGUUACUUUGCCAAACUCUUUCUGUGGCUGUUGGAGAAUCGUCACAAGCUCCCAACGGGUUUAGAGAAUAUGGAGUGCUCUCUUCCAGUGGAUGGGCAGCAGGUGUCACUGAGUGUGCUUUCUGAGGACAGUUUCCGGGAAUGCCGGGGAAUGCUGACUCUCACUGAUUAUCUAAUAGUAAUUUUUUCUGGAAUUUGUAUCUCAGUGGCGGCCAUUAUUGCCAGUUUCUUUCUGGCUUCCACAAUCCACUGUUUUCAACGGCUCAAAGCCAAAAGGACAGACGAAGAAGAGGGAGAGGACUGAGGGAACUCAAAACCCACAUCCACAGACUGCUCGUUAUGCACCACACAGUAGAAGCCAAGGGACUGGUUCAUGAAUUGAACCACCUUAUUUCCAUGACAAAAGAACCCUGAAUUAGGCCUCUUUUUGACUACUAAAUUGAGGCUGCUCGAGUCGUCUUGCAUCUCACGAUUCAAAACCUUUAUCCAUGAUGCUUGAAUGAUAUAUCAUGUUUUUAUACUUGAAUACCAAUGAUGGAAUUUAGCCUUAAAACUAAAACUGUUCCGGAAACUGCAGUUUAUUAAACCAUUGUCUCAUGCCCCUGUAUUAUAUAUAUAUAUUUAUUAAACAUGAUCUGCAUUAUAUUUUGACAUCAAAACAAAAACUGUGUUAUCACAAUAAUAGUGUUUUUAUGGGCAUUAAGUUAUUUUUGUUAUUGUGUAAAUUAAUAUCUUGUUCAGUUGUAGGAAGAUUUAUCUACUUGCACUUUAAAGUAAAGCUGAUAUAUUGCACACAGUCCCAGUGAGCCAUUCUGUAGACCAUUUUUCUCAAAUCAUAAUGGCACUUAUCACCAAAGAAUUAACAUGAAAUUAACAUAUUGUGACCACACAGUUGUUUUCAUUAUACAUAUCUUAAGAUAUUAAGUCAUUUCGGUUGUUGCAUAAAUGUCAUGCAUCCUAUAAAUACAGGGCAAUUGCUGUAGCUAAAGAUAGGUCACAAUUAUACAUACUGUAUAUCAAAUACUCAAUCAAGGUACCAAGAUAUUUUAAAGUGAAUUAAAAGGGAACUAUUUGUCCUUCAUUUUUUGUCAACUCUGUCUCGUUAUUUUCUUUUCUUUUUUACGUGCUGUAAUUACUAAUUAAACACUGACGCCAAAGUGUUUUACACUAUCAAUUAUUAAUUGUCUUAAUAAUUUUUUAUAGACACACAUAUUGUACCUGACCCGAUGUAGUUGCCAUUAUUUACCUUUAUUGUUG